AUGUCUGUCCCAAAGCAGUUUGAACAUCUCAGAAUACCACUAGAAGCUAUAAUAUCAGCUACCAACGACUUUGCUAAAGACUAUUGCAUCGGAGAAGGAGGCCUUGGGAAAGUUUAUAAGGGAGAACUUAUCCUUUUGAAGGGGCCUACCAAAGUUGCUUUAAAACGUUUAGAUCGUACAGCUUGGCAACAAAACCCCGAGUUUUGGAAAGAGAUCAUGAUGCUUUCAGAAUACAGACAUGAAAAUAUCGUCCCUUUCUUGGGGUUUUGUGACGAGAAAGACGAGAAGAUCUUAGUAUAUGAGUAUGCUUUUAACAACAGUCUCGACUUGCAUCUCGAUAGCAAAGAUCUAAACUGGGUUCAACGCCUUUCAAUAUGCAUCGGGGCGGCUCGCGGAUUGGAGUACCUUCAUGAUCCUGCAGGCACGAUGGGAUAUUGUGAUCCAAGUUAUAUGGAGACAGGGAUUCUAACAAAGAAGUCAGACGUUUACUCCUUUGGAGUGGUGUUGUUUGAGGUUUUGUGUGGAAGGUUGUGUAUCCAGAAUAAUGAUAGGCGUGGAGAAUCAUUGAUCCACCUGGUACAAAAACACUACAAACAGAACAAGCUAAAUAAAAUUAUUUGGGUUAAUAUGAAGGAUGAAAUAAACCCAGAUUCUUUGACGGCGUUUGCAGCAAUUGCUUAUCAAUGUUUGCGUAGCAACCCUGAAAAGCGUCCAUCAAUGAACGAUGUAGUGAAAAAUCUUGAAGAUGCACGGACAUAUCAAAUAUAUACCGAGGGGACCAAAAUAUCACUAGGAGAUAUAAAAUUAGCUACCGAUAACUUUGCUACAAACAAAUGCAUCGGGGAAGGAGGAUUUGCAAAAGUUUACAUUGGAGAACUAGUACAGUCGGAGGGGUAUAUCAUGACCGUUGCUAUAAAACGUUUAAAUCCGACAAAUGAGGCAGGGAACCGUGGGUUUGAAAAUGAACGUAACCUUUCUCAAUACAGGAAUGGUAAUAUUGUCAACCUUUUGGGAUAUUGUAAUGAUGACAACGAGGAGAUACUUGUGUAUGAGUACGCAGCUAAGAGAAGUCUUGACUUUUAUAUAAACAGCAAUGAUCUAAGAUGGGUUCAACGCCUUAAGAUAUGCAUUGGGGCAGCUAGCGGACUAGUGUACCUUCAUAAUCCUCAAGAUUACCAAAAAAGUGUAUGGCACCUUGAUAUUAAAAGUGGCAACAUCCUACUAGAUGAAAACUGGAAUGCUAAGGUCGCAGAUUUUGGUCUAUCUAAGUUUAUUGUUGCUAACCAGGAAAACAUAUCUCCUAUAUCUGGUGCUGUUGGGACGCCUGGGUAUUGUGAUCCAAUAUAUAUAGAGACAGGCUCACCAGCAAAGGAGUCAGAUAUUUAUUCGUUUGGCGUGGUGUUGUUUGAACUUUUGUGUGGGAGGUUGAAUACUCCCAAUAAAUAUGAGCAUCGAUCUUUAGCAGAACUGAUAAGAAAUUGCUACGAAAAGAAUGACCUAAGUGGAAUUAUCUUUGGUAAUAUAAAAGAUGAAAUAAGUCCUAGUUCGUUGAGAGAGUUUGUCACAAUUGCUUAUCAAUGUUUGAAGAGAGACCGUGAAGAACGUCCAUCAAUGAAAAAGAUCCUGACAGCACUUGAAACUGCACUCGAACGUCAAGUUUUACCUCUACAUCUUACACCACCGCCAAAUCCAAGUUCAAAGAGCAGGAAUGAGUAUCAAAGAUCCUUAAAACCCCUAAUUUGGGAGACAACCCGUGCCACUCUUGGAACUUUAUGGGAUGUGUCUCUUGAACAUGGAAACCAAUCAUGGGAUCCUGAAAUCGAUAUUACUGAACUCGAGGGUUGGUUUUGCAAAUACAAAGAUAGAGGUCACCUAGGUUCUGAAAAGCCCAAGCCAGAAAACCGUUGUCCGGUUCAUUCGGACAGAGCAAGUAGUUGCAAAAUUAUGCUUCAGGACAUAAAGCUUCCCAUCGCUGAUAUUACUGAUUUCGCUGAUAUCUGCUAA